AUGGGGUCGCAGCCAGCGCUGGCCCUGCAGUGGCAGAGGUUCUCCUUCUUCGGCUUGGGCAGCGGGCAGUCGGAUGCCUACUCCCAGAACGACAACCCCAUCAACCCCUAUUCCCAGUUCAGCGAUGGCUCGGACACUGUCUACAAGGCCCGCAACCCGGACGAGGUCGACAGGAGGAAGAAGGCGCUCACCGCAGCCCUGACCCGCUUCGAGAACACCCCGGAGUACAUCAAGACCAAGCAGGCGCAGGCCCUGAAGGGCAACCUGCUCCAGGCCGGCGGCUCCAUGAAGCAGGAUAUGAUCUAUUUCUCGGGCGAGGAAGGCUCCCCAGCCUACGCGAAGGCCCGGGAAUUCUCCCAGAAGGUCUCCACUCUGGGCGUGGAUGGCGGCAACAAGCAGUGGGCUGCGGCCGCACAGGACUACGACAAGGCCGCUGCGAUCUUGAGCGAGUGGAAGAGCCUCGCCGGCUUCUGA